GACCAGACGCUGGGUGAGCAGCCGGGAAGGUCCCGGCGAACAAGAAACGAGCGCGGGUGCAAGCCCCAGGCUGCCGCUGGGGGGCACCGCUGUGCGCUGCGCCCCGCUUCGCUCAGCGGGGGCCUUGGACACCGAACUGAGCACUGCCCUGCCGGGCACCGGGCACCGGGCGAGAGGCAGCGAAGAGCGGACGCCCCAAAGCGGGGCCUGGCUGGCGCAUGGUCCCCGGCGCCCUACGACCUUUCUCCGAGUCGCCCCGCGGACUCCGCGGUCCCCGUACCUCCCAAACCAGCCAGGCGGCGCGGCGCAGCCCGCGCCCGGUCCUUGGAGGGUGUGGAAGGUGGAUCCGGGACCCAGGGAGGGCCGCCCCCCGGGCCUGGUGGUGCUGAGCAGGGCCCCUCAGCCCCCACCUUCUGUCUCACGACAUGAACCUCCUCUACCGAAAAACCAAGCUGGAGUGGAGGCAGCACAAGGAGGAGGAGGCCAAGAGGAGCUCCAGUAAGGAGGUGGCGCCUGCGGGCCCAGUAGGGCCUGGGGCUGGCCCAGGGCCUGGGGUUCGAGUUCGGGACAUCGCCUCUCUGCGCCGCUCCCUCAGGAUGGGCUUCAUGACAAUGCCAGCCUCCCAGGAGCACACCCCCCAUCCCUGCCGCAGCGCGAUGGCCCCUCGCUCUCUCUCCUGCCACUCCGUGGGCAGUAUGGACAGUGUGGGGGGUGGGCCUGGGGGAGGCGGUGGGGGUCUCACCGAGGAUAGCAGCACACGAAGACCCCCAGCCAAGCCCCGGAGACACCCCAGCACCAAGCUCAGCAUGGCAGGGUCCAGCACAGAGACUCCCCCCAGCAAGAAGGCAGGCUCACAAAAGCCAGCCCCAGAGAGCCAAGAGUCUAACCGGAAGGUUCCUCCACAGAAGCCCAGGCGAAGCCCCAACACUCAGCUCUCUGUCUCCUUUGAUGAGUCCUGUCCCCCAGCCCCCUCUCCUCGAGGGGGUAACCUGCCCCUUCAGCGCCUCAGUAGAGGGUCCAGCAUUGCUGGGGACCCUGAGGUGGGUUCCCAAGAAGAAGAGCCAGUGUACAUUGAGAUGGUGGGGGAUGUCUUCAGGGGAGGAGGGAGAGGUGGAGGGGGCCUGACUGGCCCCCCUCUUGGGGGUGGGGGCCUGACCCCUCCAGCUGGCGCUGACUCAGACUCGGAAGAGAGUGAGGCCAUAUAUGAGGAGAUGAAAUAUCCGCUGCUCGAAGAGGCAGGGGAAGGCCGGGCCAACGGGGCCCCUCCACUGACUGCCACCUCCUCGCCACACCAGCCUCAUGCCCUCCAGCCCCACAUUCACCACCGUCCAGCCUCAGCCCUCCCAAGUCGGAGGGAUGGGACACCCACCAAGACCACACCUUGUGAAAUCCCCCCUCCCUUCCCUAACCUCCUCCAGCAUCGCCCUCCACUUCUGGCCUUCCCUCAACCCAAGUCUGCUUCCCGAACCCCUGGCGAUGGGGUCUCGAGGCUACCAGUCCUCUGCCACUCCAAGGAGCCAGCUGGCUCCACCCCAGCUCCCCAAGUGCCUGCCCGAGAGCGGGAGACGCCUCCCCUACCGCCUCCGCCUCCUGCUGCCAACUUGCUGCUGCUGGGACCCUCGGGCCGGGCCCGGAGCCACUCGACACCGCUGCCACCCCAGGGCUCUGGCCAGCCCCGGGGGGAGCGGGAGCUCCCCAACUCCCACAGCAUGAUCUGCCCCAAGGCGGCAGGGGCGCUGGCAGCCCCUCCUGCCCCGGCCACCUUGCUUCCCGGCCCCCCCAAGGACAAGGCCGUGUCUUACACCAUGGUGUACUCAGCAGUCAAGGUGACCACCCACUCCGUCCUGCCAGCUGGGCCUCCCUUGGGUGCUGGGGAGCCAAAGACAGAGAAGGAGAUCUCAGUCCUCCACGGGAUGCUGUGCACCAGCUCGAGGACCCCCAUACCUGGGAAAUCCAGCCCCCACGGCGGAGCCAUGGGUGCAGCAGCUGGGGUUCUCCACCACCGAGGCUGCCUGGCCUCCCCACACAGCCUUCCGGACCCAACUGCAGGCCCCCUGACCCCCCUCUGGACCUACCCAGCCUCAGCAGCUGGGCUUAAGAGACCCCCUGCCUAUGAAAGCCUCAAGGCUGGGGGGGUGCUGAAUAAGGGCUGUGGAAUGGGGGCCCCAUCCCCCAUGGUCAAGAUCCAGCUGCAGGAGCAAGGGACUGAUGGGGGUGCCUUUGCCAGUAUCUCCUGUGCCCACGUCAUCGCCAGUGCAGGGACACCAGAAGAGGAAGAAGAGGAGAUGGGCGCUGCAACAUUUGGGGCAGGCUGGGCUCUGCAGCGGAAGGUCCUAUAUGGAGGAAGGAAGGCAAAAGAGCUGGACACAGAGAUGGAAGACAAUGCCAGGUCCUGGAAUGGCAGUGCCGAGGGCCCAGCCAAGGUGGAACGUGAAGACAGGGGUCCUAUGGCAUCAGGGAUCCCAGUGAGGAGCCAGGGGGCAGAGGGCCUGCUGACCAGGAUCCACCAUGGAGGGGACCGAGGGGGGAUCCGCACAGCACUGCCCACACCCUGCCAGACCUUUCCGGCCUGCCACCGAAAUGGAGACUUCACAGGAGGCUACCGCCUGGGGCGCUCUGCCUCCACCUCCGGAGUCCGGCAGGCCGUGCUCCACACCCCCCGGCCCUGCAGCCAGCCCCGGGAUGUCCCAAGCCAGACCCACCCUGCACUGCCGCUGCCGCUGCCCCUGCAGCCCCAGCCGGCCCGAGAGAGAGAGCGCGACGGCAAGCUGCUGGAAGUGAUCGAGCGCAAGCGCUGCGUGUGCAAGGAGAUCAAGGCGCGACACCGCCCUGACCGGGGCCUCUGCAAGCAGGAGAGCAUGCCCAUCCUCCCCAGCUGGAGGCGGGGGCCGGAGCCCCGCAAGUCCGGCACUCCGCCCUGCCGCAGGCAGCACACCGUCCUCUGGGACACUGCCAUCUGAGGAAGGCAGGAGGCCAGGGCACUGGGACCGGGGAGCGGGGCGGGGUCUCUGAGAGACUUGCCUUGAAAGAGGGACACUUGAAGAACCAGGUGAGAGAGAGAGAGCCAGGGAGAAUCCCUGCCCUCCACCGAAGAUGGGGAGUCUGCCAGGCCCAUCGGGCUUGGGAUGCCAGCAGCAUCCCCAGAAAUCCGAGAGAGACAGAGGGUUUGCUUGAGGUUGGGAGUAAGGCCCUUGCUGCUCCCCUCCUCCUGAGAGGGCACAGGCCAAGCCAGAGGUCAGCAUGGGGGAGGAGGGAUGGGGAAGGGGUCAAUUGAAGGAGAGGGACUAGAGAGUGAGAGAUGAAGGAGCUCUUAUAGAGUUGGGUAUUGGGGAGGGCGUAUUUAUUUUGUGAUUUAUUUUAGUUUAGAGGGCAAUUCUGAGCCCUCCGACCUACUCCUGAGCAAGGGGUGGGGAGAAGUUAGCAAUUAAGGGAACCACGUUUGCACUCUCCCCAAUGCCUAAAGGCCCCACCAUCCAUGCCUGCCCCAAAGCAAGGGAUUGGUCUGGGGGGGCAGCAGAUUCAUUCUCAGUAUUUACAGGUCAGAGUCUGGUAGUGAGCCCGGCCCGCUGUGAAACAGGCAUCUUAUUUAGCUCUGGAGUGAGGAUCUGGCACCAGGGACGGGUGGGGUGAUGGGGAAGGAGGGAAAUUUUAGCGGGUGGGUGGAGGGCAGGGUAUUUAUUUAAAUUUUAAAAAAUCAGAAGAGAUGUCAGGAAUUUUUUUUAAUUCCUUUCUUUCAGAAUAA